AUGGCACUUCGAGGGGGCCCUCGACUUCAGGUCGGGUCGGCCGCCUGGGUCGAGGAGGAACGGAACUCUGCCCUCGACAUCGCCGAGUCAGAGAUAGAAGAAUUCUCUUUCUCGGCGCGAAAUGAGUUAGAUUGGUUGAAUGAGCACAUGGCCGAGAUUUUCUCAGAAAACCAGAUGCAAAUGUGGUUGGAGGCGGAUAUGACGCGUCAAAUGCUAACUGGUAUCUUGAAGCCACUGUCCGAUGUCUUUUCAUCAACACCAAAGGACGCGCCUAAUUCAUUCAGCAGCACUCAACGUCAAAGCCCAGCGCGAUUGCCACAAUUUCAGGUAGCCGAAGACAAGCCCGAGCCCACAGUUUCCAAGAGUACCAGCCCAGCAAGGAUUUUAGCGCCCCCUCCUGCCCUAGCUGUUGCGGCCCCAUCUUCCCUCCUGUUCACGGACUCCGGUUAUCAUGGCAGCCAAAGUUGCGACACGGUGAAUUUGGAUUAUUGUGACAAGGACGAUGACGUCGAUAUGGUCGACAGCCCACAGCCUGAUGUCGAGACAGGAGAUGGCGAACCCAAUGUCCCCAGCGGUCUUGCAGAACAACCGAGUCCAACUCUGACGUUCGCCGAGGACGAAUUUGACGCUGCUGAUGAGAACGAGACACGCCAGCCUACAACCUAUGCCUCAGCCAGUGGUGGCUUCUCUUCGGAAAUGGGACAAUCCAGCAGUCCUGUUGUGGUUCGAACUAAACUCGCAAUGAUGUCGCCAAGAGUACCAUCUCCUAAAAAGACCGAACACCCUGCCAGGUUGUCACCCGUCAGAACAUCACCGCAGAGGCAAGCGCCGACGAAGCCAGCGUCGCCCCAGAAGUCGUCUUCAUCGCCUCGAAAACCAUCCCCUCCAAAAUCGUCGCCUGUAAAGCAGACCACGUCUAGUCUUCCGAGGGGUUUCCCGAAGCCUACGGAACAUUUUUCUAGCGAAAGACACGAGGAGUCGGAGGAGGAUGCCGAGGAUGCUAGGUCACCAUCAGAGGCCUCAAGUCCCAUCAGGCCAUUGGUGCGCAAGAGCAGUCUGAGCUUCGCCUCUCUGCCCGCCCGCGAGCCAUUGGCCUCUAAGAGCGGCAGCCGGAUAUCUAGGACGAGCCAUUUGGAUUUCAGUCGCCCAAGCUUCUAUAAUCGCCACACUGGUGGCAAGAGCCUGGGCAACACCAGACAAUACUCAGAUGAUGAUGACAAUGAGGACAUGGAUGUCGACGAGGAGCUCACUGCUCAGCUGGAAAACACCACCAGGAUAGCGGAACACAGCAAGACUUACACUCAGCUGUUGCAUGAUCAGAUCAGCAUGUUGGGCAAGUCUCAGACUGCUGGCCCAAGACCUUCCAAAUCACUGGCGAAUCUCUUCGUUCCGCCAGCAGGUCAGACGCAGGCCAACUUGGGAUCCGUUACAGAAGCCAAGCUGAAACAAUCACCCGCAAAACCGAAUGCACCAGCUCCUACUCCCGGAGCAUUCCCAGUGGACGAUGACGAGGACUGGAUCGCGGCCCCAAGUAAUGUUGUCACUACAGCCCCUGCCGUGGUGCCAUAUAACCCUCGUCCUGAACUCCGCAAGAGCCUCUCCGUCGAAGAUAUGGAGAAUGUGGCAGGCAAGUCGUCGGUGAGCGAUACUGAGCAUGAUAUGCCCCCCAGCAGCCCCGCCACCGCUUGGAAAGCCCAAGCUAGCCCACAGUGGCAGAACAGCACUCCGGGGCAUUCGAAGUCCGCAUCUGUGCCUGCUUUUCCGACACUUGCGCAACUUGAGGGCGGUGAUGGUGCUACUCUCAAAAAGAUCGUGACGGCAACCCAGCCAACUCUGCCCUCUGUCGAAGAGGAUGGUCGCAUGCCAACACCCAGCAAAUCGCCUACUCGCAGUGCUUUCCGAGACAACCCCCUGAAGCAGGUUAAGAAUAAGCUGUCUUCCCUGUUGAGUAGCGCCAAGAACUUGAAUGUAAGAAGCGCAGCCAUCAGUGCUGAAGGCAAAGCUAUGAUCUCACCUUCCACUGUGCAGCUUGGUAUUCAUCCAGGACCAUCUGUUGAGUCUUUCAGAUCGGUAGACAACGUGAUGUACCCCGACCUCACACAGCAGCUUUCAUCCACUUCCCGACCACUGAGUCCAGUCAGGUCCAACAGCACCCGGAGAACUAGAGCGUCUACCGAACGAGAGAAGAUCGAGGCCAAGGAGCGGGAGAAGGAUUCUAGAGCCAAAGAGAAGGAGAUGAAAGAGGUGAGGCGAGCAGAAAAAGAACUGGAGAAGUUGGAUAAGGCACGUAAACAAGAGGACGAAAAGGCGCGCGUGUUCAGCAAAGAGCAGGAAAGACUUGCUGCCAUGGAAAAGCAAGUGGCCCUGCAGAAGGACCGAGAGCAAGAGCAACAACAAGCACGUGCAGAACAAGCUCGCGCCGCUCAUUCUCAGUACCGACCCCAACCCCAGGAUUUACAAACACCGGCACCAUCACGAAAGGCACUUCCGAAGGCGCUUCCCAAGUCGACCCGAACCAGCCCGGGAAGGGCCAACCGCCAAGCCGAUGAUCAAGGUCUCUCUGAUGAGGGUGAUGUCGAUAUGGCCGAUGCGACCUCGACAGUCACUAUGGCGAUGCCCCCGUCUUCCAUUCAGCGACCCACGACUGCAUCGUCAGUCAGGACGCAGGGCAUCAAGCGCCCAGUCAAGCCAACCAAGGAGACGCUCUCUAAGACGACUCGACAAGCGCCAACCGUCAUGCGCGUUUAUCCUCCCAGUUCUCAACAGUCUCAGUUCCAUCCUUCAAAUAGCGUCCUGGCCUCCAACCUCCAAGAGACAUUAGGUCAGCCACAGCAGCAGCCACCAAUGCAUGUGAAGAACAAGACCAGCCAGAGUUCAUUGAACGAGAAGAAGUCAUUGCCCAAUCUCAAGACAUCAGCCUCUUCGGCGGCCUUGAAACGGAAGGAGCAAGAGGAGCGCGAGGCUCAACGGAAGCGUGAUGCCAAAGCCGAGCUUGAACGGAAACGCAUUGCUGCCCAGAAGCAAGAGCAACAGAGGGAGCGUAUUGAAAAAGCCAAGGCCACCAGAGCACCCCCUCCGGCUGUUAGGUCACAGCCGAACGGGCCUCCUGAUUACAGCAUGGCAGACAAGGUUCCUGUGCGGCCUCCUUCUCGGCUGGGUUCCACUAUGCAUCAGGAAAGUCGACUUGUCAAUCAGAGUUUGGCAAGCGGGAAAGCGCCUAUGAAGCGUCCACACCAGCAAGAGAAUGAGGGCUUUUCCAAAUCCAAGUCACAAAAGACCACCCAGGAGACCAAACCUAUCAGAGUGAGCGAGGACUUUGACCAAGACAUUGAGAUGGCCGACAGCCAGCAGCGGACAAUGAAGCCACCGUCUAUGAGGCCGUCGGCUGGGUUUAAGGACCCUUCCAACAAGUCCAUGUUCUCGACAGGCUAUGCCAACGUGCCUCCGCCCAGUGCGAGUAGAGACCUUUUCAAGGCCACCGUCACAGCACAGCAUCACAGCACCGUCAAGCCGGCUUUGCACAACACAGCCCAAUUCGCCAAAGGUGCCAUUCCCUUUGCGCCCAACCGCCCUACAGGACAGGCGGCAAAUCCCCACAAGACCCCUGCUCGGCCUGGCGCUGGUGGUAUUCCAAAGUCAGUCAACAGGACUGCGACUCGGUCAUCUCCCCGUUUCCAGAACGGCGAGGCUAUUGAACUCCCUGAGAUUCAGACGGAUGACGAUGACGAUGAUGAAGACGAGCAUAUCAUGGUGGCCGAUUGGGCAGAUUCACCAGCUCUCAAACAGGCAUUGCUGGCACAAGAACGCAUGGACCCCAUGCAAGUCUUUGGACCACCGGCCCCACUCAACAUGGAGGAGGUAUUUAGCAAGAGCAAGGACAGAUGGCACAGAUUCAGGGCGAGAACGAGCUCGGCCAACUGGAGUGGAACGGAUAGGUUGACAGAAGACGAAGUCAGAAAGGAUAAUAUGGCCAGAGACAAGAUGAGACGGGAUGGUGGGUGGAGUUACGAGUUGUCCAAAGACAUUUCAGGAUAA